GCGAAGUCAAUCUAAUAAAUACUUUUGAUCUCAUAGGACUUCGUUCACUUAUUCGCCGGAUACUAUUCACAUUACUCGUGCGAGUUGGACGGUUACCGGCCAUAUUACGAAAAAAAAUUUGCAUAGUGGAGUUUUUUUGUAAACAAUCAUUAUUUGUUACUUAAAAUAGUCAAUCACAAAAGUGCUAUUUGGAUAUAUACGUAUACAUUGUGGUAAUAAUUUAUAAUAUGACUGAAAAAAAUGAGGAGUUCUCAUUCCAGUCAGCAGGCUCCAAACCAGGACUUUUUCGCAAUGAUUCUAUUGAAAAUAUUAUAAAUAUUGGAAGUAGGAAAUCUAGCUGCAAUGCUCAACGUAUAUUUAUUUCUAUAAUGGAUACGAUUAACCAUGCGUUAAUCAUAUUGGUAACGGUAUACAUUAUAUAUCACGCAGCGAAGGAAUAUUCCAUAACAAGCAUACAUGUAAUCCUCUGCACUAUCGGUUACGUCUUGUUGAUGUCGGAGGCUAUUGUUGUCUUGGCAAGUGACAACAUACUGACCACUUUUUUAUCACGACGCGCCAACAAAUAUCUUCACUGCAUUCUACAAGCUGUUGGGCUAAUCUUGAAUCUAGUCGGUGUGAGCCUGAUGUACAACAUCCAACCAAUACAUUUUCGAUCGAUCCAUGGUAUUACAGGCUUUACUUCAUUGAUGAUCACAAUCGUAGCAACAAUCUUUGGAUAUCCAGUUUGGAUUGCGUGGAAACUUCGCAAAUUCGUGCGACCAAUAGUCACUAAAUUAUUUCAUAACUUUUUGGGCAUUUCUGGCUUUGUCAUUGGUAUGAUAUCACAAUGUUACGGUUAUAAAAAGAAUUGGAUAUAUCAAGUAUCCAAUAUAAAGCACGUCGACGAAAUUCUACUGGUUCUUACGGUACUAAUCAUAAUAUUAUCUUUAAGAGGUGCACUUAGUUCCCUUUACAGACAAGCUACGGAUUGUAUGAAAUUACUUCGUCCUUCCAUUUAAUAAAUAAAAAUGUUGAUGUGUCA